ACCGAACAUAAGUUCGAUCUUCCACAAUCAACACUUCUUCUUCUUCGCCGGAAUCUCAUUGAAACCCUGACGGCCGUUCCGGCUGCACCGGUAACGAUGCACGGCUUACAAGCUCAAAACCUACUUUGAUUUUGCCAAAGAAGAGACCGCCAAAGCUGUCAGAGAGUUCUUUUAGAAGGCAUUUCUACCCCUGUUCCUUCGUGCAUCACAUCAAGUGAACUAGAAAAGGCCAAAUCUUUUUGCCAAAAGAUGUCACAAUGGCAGGGUCAGGUUGCAGAGAGAAUUCAAACUUUAAGCCAAAGAGCAGGUUCUUCAGGUAGUACAUCUGCUCUAAUCAAGUGGCUUGGUGGGAAGAUCCUCGAUCACCAGACUUUUGGCUUAGUUGAAAAGCCUUCUGGAUCCAACAAGCACAGGGAUUUUGUUUUGACCAAAUCUAUAAAAGUUGGAAGCUCAAAACCUGUACAAGAGUCCAGUGGUGGAUAUGAUGCAAAGUUGACUGAAAUGAUAAAUUCUGUGAUUGUGGAUUGAAGUCCUGUAAAAUGGGAAGAGAUUGCUGGGCUUGAAAAUGCAAAACAAGCUCUGCUGGAAAUGGUAAUACUGCCAACCAAAAGGCAAUACCUUUUUACAUGACUUAGAAAGCCUGCAAGAGGUCUGCUUCUUUUUGGUCCACCUGGUACUGGCAACACCAUGCUUGCCAAAGCAGUUGCUUCAGAGUCACUGGCAACAUUCUUCGGUGUGUCUGCUUCCCCCCUAACAUCAAAGUGGGAUAGGGUGAAAAUCUUGUUCGAACCCCUUUCACGGUUGCCAUUUCUAGGCAAGCAUCAGUAAUUUUUAUGGAUGAGAUUGACAGUAUUAUGUCAACUAGGAUGACCAACGAGUAUGAAUCCAGCAGGAGGUUAAUUGAAAUCUGAAUUCCUUAUCCAAUUCGAUGGGGUUACAUCUAAUUCAGAUGAUUUGGUAAUUGUUAUUGGUGCAACAAAUAAGCCAAGUGAAUUGGAUGACGCAGUUUUCAGGAGACUGGUUGGUAUUGGGGCUUUGAGAAGCAAUGUGUGUGUGUGUGUGAUCAGGCAUAGUCUCCAAAAAAGCAAGUGGGAAAAACGUGACCGGUGGAACCGAGAGUUUGACCUAUAACUAAAACUACUUGCAUGACAUGCCAUUAGCCAGGGAGGCGUUCAAGCGGGGAUGCCAAAGGGUGUAUAGUGGCCGGGAUUAAGGUCAAAUUUCAUUCCUUAUUGCUCACUUGAAAUCGGAACUUAUUUACCUCCUCUCAAUUAAGCAUACCAUCCACGUGAUUCAAAUGUAACACUUUGCUGUAACCAGCCAAGUGAUCUAGAAGUUGCUGGACGUAUUAGCAGUUACGCACAUUGAGCUCAUUGAUUUUGCAGUUGGGCCGGCCUAAAGCCCACAUGUUCUUGUGUGGGCUGGGUUAGGGCUUGGCCUAGCAGUUUGGCACAUUAGAAAACUUUCAUAAUAUAAUGCCUUGGCCUAG